AUGUUCAGUGGACAAAACACAUGCAUAAGAUUAAGGUCCAUAAAUAUCUGCAUUGAGAGCUGCUUAGCAUGGUCAUCAACUUCCGUUCUUCAUCUUUUGCUCCAUCUCUGUGAAGGAAUGAAGAUCACCAUCCAUUCUCUCACUGGAAAAAAAUUCACGGUUGAGGCUAGGAUUAAUAACUUCAUUGGCGAUGUGAAGUUAAUGAUUUAUGAAGAGGAAAGAAUCCCACCAUGGGAGAUGAGGCUAGUCUAUCUUGGUAAGCAACUUGAAGACUGCCGUACAUUGGCCGACUACGGAAUUUAUGGUGGUGUUAUUCGUUACAUUCCUCGCCUUCGUGGUGGGGCUGAUGUGGUUGAACUAGCUAAAAUCGAAACUUAUGUGCUGUUAGCUCCACUCUUGCAAGCUUUUCUUGUUUUAUUCGGUUCAUUUAGGCGUAGAUGUCACAACUGGAAGUUGCAAUUGUGUUUGUGGAUAGCCUAUGUUCUCUCUACAUAUCUGAUAUCGUACACGACGGAUAUGAUGCUAUCAGUUUCUUUCAGAAAUGGAUUAUUUCCUUUAUGGGGAGCAUUGUUGUUCAUUAUGCUUGGAGGAGCUGAUUCUAUGUCUGCGUACAAUAUUGAUGAUAAUGAGUCUGGAAAGAUAUAUAAUUUGGAUAUUCUACUUGGGUUGUUUUCAGUGAUCUGGUUGCUUGCGAUGUAUAAGAAUGAAAUGUUGAAGCUGCCACUAUGUCUCUUUUUGCUUCUCAUUGGGAUCAAGUGUUGGGAGAGAGCUCAGACUUUUAUGUCAGCAAGCAAAAGGUAUGGUUUGGCAAAAAAUACGAAAGUGAUUGCAGAUUUCAUGAAGUAUGAGCACGAGUUAAGUAGUCAUGUUGCAGAAAAUGAUAUUUCCAUGGCAAGAUACAAUUAUCUUGUGCGAGGAGAAGACACGGAAAGGGUAACGGUGGUUCCACCGCGAUAUGAAAAGCGCCUUGAGAUUACUGAUAAAGUUGUUACAAUCAGCAAGAUCUGGCAGUGCCAAGGCAGUCUUUUCCAUCGUGAUAAUGCUCAGAGAGACCCGGCAGAGCUGCUCAAAGACAUUUGCCUGUCUUUUGCAUUGUUCAAGCUUCUCUGCUGCAGAUUUGCUGGAUACGACUUGCCUGAGUACUCAGAAGAGAAGUCAUAUCGACUCAUUCGAUUCGGGUUGCUUUCUGGUAUUCGUACUGAUUAUGAAAGACCUUUCAGAGUAAUUGAGGUAGAACUUGCAUUUCUUCAUGAUUUUUUCUACACAAAAUAUCCUACUAUCUUUCGUAGGGGUCUGCCAUAUUACAAGACUUUUGAGAUUAUCAUUCUGAUCGCCGCUUCAUUGAUCGUAAUAUCCAACCUUAAAAGCUAUCAACCACCUGAUGGAUACUUGAGCCUUCCUACUGUUUUUGGUCAGACUAUUGAUAUUCUUGUGACCUUUACAGUGAUAGUGGUGAUCAGUUUCAUCCAAACUGUGGAGCUUGUUUUCAUUUUAUUUUCAGAUUGGACAAAAGUGAUGUUAGUCUGUGAUUAUGUUCAGAAUCCUAAAUGGCAAAACAACAAAUUCAUCGAAAGAGUGAUAAAAUACAUCUGCAACAGACGACUGUCAAAGCCGUGGGAACGAAUGCUUGGCCAGUACUCUCUUCUUGAAUCUUUUGAUCAUGAUCCUAACAACUUCAUGUAUAAUUUUUUCACUGCUGCUUUCAUUGAUAUUCCUCGGAAAGGUCAGAUAGAAAGUGAUCGUAUCAAAUUGCCUGAUGAAGUGAAGAGGCACAUUUUACGUUCUCUGGCACUGUCUCGCUGCAAAGUAUCAGACGGAUUCAUGAGCUCCUUGGGGCAACAUGGAGGUUCAGAUUUCUCACUUGUUCAUGAUAUCUUGGUAUGGCAUAUAGCCACCAGUCUUUGCGAGAUAGAAUCAUUAAAAUCAGACUGGAGAAUAGGAAGGGAGGCGGAUUUCCUUGUAGCAACUAGCUUAUCCAAGUACCGUGCCUAUUUGGUGGCAUUUUGUCCAAGAUUGAUACCUAAUCAUGCUUAUUCUACAGAAUUUGUUUUUGACCAGGUAGUUUGUGAAGCAAGAGAUAUUCUCAGAGGACGCAAAUCCUUGUCAAGUAGGUAUCGAGGAAUGAUGAGAUUAGCUGCUCGUGGUGGGCAGGGAGAGACUAUAAUGAGAAAGGGUGCUUUGCUUGGGAAGCAUUUGAUAGAAUCAUUUGAACAGGAGUGGAGGAGAUGGGAAGCAUUGGCUGAAGUUUGGACAAAGAAGAUAUUGCUUGUUGCAACAUCAGAUGAUGAGACAGCCCAUGCAGAACACCUAGCCAAGGGUGGGGAGUUUGUGACACACUUGUGGGCUUUGCUCUAUCAUGCAAGUGCAACCAAGCCAGACAAAGCAACUUCGAAUCUUUGA